AUUCUUAAUGAAACAUAAUGCCUUACAAUGGACAAGUGUUUGUACUUGAAUGAGUUCGAUCCGUGUACGAGAGUGAUCUUACCACGUGUAUAGGUUGUAUUUUACGAUUUUACGUACAAGCAAGAAGACUAAAGAUGGUUAUCUGAUAUAUAUGCAAACAACGUUGAUAAAGUGAAACAUAUAGGUCAUGCAUACAGAUGUAAAUCUACUGAUGUAAAUAGAGAAAUACCACGUUGAAAAGGGGCGUUUCCAACGUGCGUUAAUUUGACAGUUAUGGGCACAAUGGGAGACUAUGAUGAUAUCGUUCUAGACUUAAGGGUUCCGAAAACGUCUCCGGAACCGGAAGUUCCAGAACGAUGUGACAGCCGAACGGAAUCCGAUGUGGAGCAGUACGGCAGGUUUUUAGUGGACGGAAGUCCGGUCAAGUUUGAAAGAAGCGAGAGCGAUCCUGAAUCUGAAAAUCAUGGAAUUAUCGAUAAUCAUAUGGAUGAAAUGGCGGGUGCACAUAUCGAUACAAAACUGUGCUACCCUGAUAGUGAUUUUGAUGGCAUAGACAGUGAUAACGGCAGAAAUAUCCAUGAUUCUGAAGUGUUAGCGAAAUAUGAUGAUUGUGCGAUGACAAAAGAAGAUGAAUCCGUCGUUGUUGUAAGUGAUGAAAGACGAAGUGAGGAUGGUAAAAAAAGACUGCAGCUCAGGAGUUUGCUAGACAGUCGGAUUACCAAGGGAGGAAAAAUAGACAAAGUCCGUGUGGUUAAAAGUGCCAACAUGACAAAGUUGGACAUGCCUCGUGGCAAUCUGCGAGCCAACCUACGCCUUCAGCUGAUGAAGAUGCAGGCGGCCCAGGAAGACCAGAGGAAGGAACCAACGUUUUCCCAGUCCUUCAAGCCGGCCCAACAGACGCAGCCACAGACCAUUCAGAUCCCCGCCCCCACAAGUCUCACCAGCACAGAGGUUCCUACCAGCAUACUUACUGUGAAAACACAGCUAGAAAAUCCAACACAGUUUCAUGUCAGCCAAAACCAGAAAAGACAGAUUCACCUCUUUCUCCACAAUUCGGGCAAAGUGACCACCACCGCCCAGUCUAUGCCUGCCCUGACCACUCAGAUGCCCGGGGUUAACAUGGUGCCCACGACGGUCAGUGGAAGCGCACCAGUGGAUCCAGACAGCCCGCUAUCUGGUAUGGGACUCAGUAGUGCUACAAACAGUGUCUCGGAUUUUAAUGAGGUUGACCAUCUCCUUAAUGACAUCAUCAGUCUGGAGUCCGUGGACCCUAAUGUUGACCAGGAUCUGAAUCUGUUAGAGCCCUCCCUCAACCACAUGUCGUCCACACUACCUCAUACCAACAACAUUCUGGAUCUCUACAAUGACACUAGUGAUCCAGACAAAAGCAAUGGAGCAAGUUCCUGCCCUGUGAAAUUUGCAGAUCAGUUUGGAAAUCUUCCGAUGCCUGAAUUCCUGUCAGAGGAGGAAAAACGGAUGUGGGCAAAAGACAGGCAGAAAAAAGACAAUCAUAACAUGAUUGAGAGGAGGAGGAGAUUCAAUAUCAAUGACAGAAUAAAGGAGCUGGGGACACUUCUACCCAAGUCCACAGACCCAGAUAUGAGGCAGAAUAAGGGAACGAUUCUGAAGGCUUCCGUGGAGUACAUCAGGCGGCUGAAGAAAGACCAGGACAGACUGAAACAGCUAGAGAGCCGGCAGAAGCAGCUGGAGAUGAACAACAGAAAGAUGAUCCUCAGGAUGCAGCAAAUGGAAUUGAUCAUGAAAUCUCAGGGAAUGGUGACCGGUCUUGACAAUGAAAUAGAACAACUGACACUGUCUCAACAGCCAGUCACAUACCAAGUUGCCAAAUUCCAGCCUGAUCUCCCUCAUAACUUACUCGCGGGUCUCCCCAAUAACAUGGACGAAUUCAUGGAGGACAGCUCCCCUGUGAAUGCGGACCCCAUGCUGUCCUCCGAACCUGUGAGUCCCAGUAACCUUGAUGACUCAUCGGACAUGUUAUGAUUUGAUACUCAAGUGGUGCCAAGAUGUUCCAUGCCACUUCUCUCUGCAAAUCUUAAAGUCUGAAAAAACUUUCGAAUAGGAUGCUGGAUAUCUGUGAAUAAGAAAGUAUUAAGAUUGUUGCAGAGAAAUGCCUCACAGCGCCCUGGAUGACAUGGAAUCUGCCGAGACUUUCCUUGUAGUCCAGACAUUCCAAAAAAACUUUCUUUAUUCGUGAAGAAAGUUUUUUAUCCAAAGUGCAAUUCUCACAACGCUGAAUAUUUAUGUAUUCUCUCACUAUGCCCCGACACUUUGUCCAGUAAUCGAUGUGAUACUGUGAUUGAUGUGGUCGACACGUAAGAUGUAAAUAGCUCACCGUAUAACGUGUAAUUUGUGUGCAGUGUUUUUAUUAUUGUUACUUGUUAUAUUAUAUCAUGACAUGAACUAAUGGCAACUUUUUUCUGUAUUGUGAUUUGUACAGAUGAUGUGAAGGAAUACCGACACAUCGAAUGUUAACGUUUAAAAAUGUCGAAGGGAAGACAGUACGAUGUAUAUCAUCAUUGAAGGCUGAACAAAUAUGCAUCUAAAACUGCAGAUAUAUUGUUAGCUCUGUGAGUUUAUAAUUGUUGGUGCUACGUUUUAAAAGUGAUUGAUGUCAAUGUACAUAAUUUGUUGUGGUUGAUUCUUUCCAGUUGUUGUGGUUGAAUGUGGACGAGAGUUAGUUUUAUAUCUACAUAUGGAUGGUCGUUCACUGUGGAAACUUAUAUAGUUCUCUUUUAUUUGAGCAGUCAAAAUUUGAAUCAAAUAUCAGUUUCGACUUAAAGUUAUUUUUUUUGAGAAAUUCAGGCCUGACUCUUGUAAAAUUGAUUCAAUAGAUAUCAAAAUGUUGUUAAAUUAAUUUUUUUAGGAAUGUGUUUUCUAAAUCUUAUAUCAUCCAGUUACUAUAAAAUGAAUUAACAGAAUAAUUGAAACAUUUCUCAUAUCACAUAGAUUCAUUUAGUAUAUUUGGUUGUUACUUUAUUUGAAAUUCGAAUGAUUCAACAUUGACGGCUGUUUGUAGGGAGGACAUAUUGAUGUGUUUGAAUGCGAGACAGAUGUGAAUAAUGUACAUACAUUUAUAGUAGUAGGUUGUUGACUGUUGAUGUCAUUUUAAUGUCAGUACUACUGUAUUCGAUCGUUUCUCAUCCUUGUGAUGUGUCUUGUAAAUAUCAGUUUGUUGUGUUUAUAAUCUUAUUUGAGAUAUGAAAUGCAUGAUAGCAUUUUAAGAUAUUUUUACAAAAAACGUUAUUGUGUAUAUUAUGUUAAACUUUGGUAAACUUGGAUUAUUUGAGAUUUAAGUUUUAGGAUCAGUACACCUUUUUUAAACUUGACGUUAAGAAAAGGGACGUGUCAUGUUUUAACUUAUAGUCAGUCGUAUAUUUCCUUUUGCUAAGAUGGAAUAAAAGAAUGAUAUAAACAUA